UUUGGUUCAGUUUUUCAAACAUGGGAACCUCUUGCCUAAAAUCUGCAUCACUUCUUCAUGAUCUGAAGGUGACAAUCCACAAAACUUCAACCAUAUUUCCAUCCAAAGAAAUGGAGAAGAAGUCCUUGUUCCUAACAAACAUAGACAGAGUAGUAAACUUUGAUGUGGACACGCUUCACUUCUUCGCAGCAAACAAAGCUUUUUCAUUCCAAAAGGUGGCUGAGAAGUUGAAGAAGGCCCUGGAGGAUGCUCUUGUGCAUUAUUCCUUCUUAGCCGGAAGGUUGAGACAGAAUCCUGAAACCAAGAGAUUAGAGAUAGAUUGCAACGAAAAAGGUGCUGAGUUUGUAGUGGCUUCAAGUAAGCACAAGUUAACUGAGAUUGGAGACUUGGCUUAUCCCAAUCCAGCUUAUGCACAAUUGGUUCACAAGAGUAAGGAUCUUCCACUAUGCGCUGUGCAGCUGACAUCCUUUGACUGUGGUGGCUUCGCAAUGGGCUUCACAACCAGCCACGCAGCCUUUGACGGACUUAGCUUCAAAACCUUCUUGGACAACCUUGCGGCACUGGCUGCUAAUAAACCUUUGGCUGUGAUACCCUGCCACGACAGGCACCUCCUGGCCGCACGAUCACCACCACGUGUAACCUUCCCGAACCCCGAGUUGAUCGAACUCGAUCAGUCACCAGUUAUUGAGUCCAGCGUCUUUGAUGCUUCCAAAGAAGAAGUCGACUUUAGGAUUUUGAAACUAACCUCAAAAGACAUCCUGAGCCUCAAGGAGAAAGCAAAGGGAAGCACCAACGCCAGCAACACCGGGUUUAACGUUAUCACCGCCCAUAUAUGGCGGUGCAAGGCCUUAUCAGCACCGUAUGACCCUGCUGGAUCCUCGACCGUACUAUUCGCCGUGGACAUACGUUCGAAACUGAACCCUCCGUUGCCGGAAGGCUUCGCUGGCAACGCCGUGUUAACGGCAUUUGCUUCGGCGAAAUACGAGGAGUUGGAGAAGGGUGAGUUUUCAAGGUUGGUGGAGAUGGUGAAAGAGGGAGCAGAGAGAAUGAGUGAUGAGUAUGUGAGGUCUGUUAUAGACCGGGGAGAGCUGGGUGAUGGGUUUCCUCGUGGGGAUGUUUUGGUGUCUUCGUGGUGGAGAUUAGGGUUUGAAAAGGUGGAGUAUCCAUGGGGGAAGCCAAAGUAUUGUUUCCCUCUGGUGCAUCAUCGGAAGGAUAUUAUUCUGUUGUUUCCUCCCUUUGGCGCAGGUGGUGAUGAUGGGAUCAACAUUAUAGUGGCUCUUCCUCCCAAGGAAAUGGAAAAAUUCGAGAGCCUCUUUCACAUGUUCUUGCAUUCAGUUUAAUCGAUGUUUUCUUCAUAUGGUCA